AUGAGUCCUCAUGCAAACGUCGAGACAGUCAACGGCCACCAANAAAGCCAGACUACAGUACCAUCGAGGCUUUAUACAAUUGAUCAGUUGCCCAAGGUCUCGAGCCUUGCAGGCAUCUGCGAACAAACCGUCAGCAAGAAAGACUACCCACUGGCUCAUGACGUGCAAAAGAGCAUCCCAAUCUACGACCUAGCCAAACAUGACUCGGAAAAGACAGCCGCCAAUAAACUCCAAGACGAGUGGUACGAGAUCCUAGCCAAUGGUCCUGGUAUUUUUGUGGUCCAGAGCAUGUACCAUGACCAGUCAGUUCUUGAUGCAACCAACGAAGCCUUCUGUCAGAUUAUCGAACGCGAGAAGUCCAACCCCAAAGGUGACCACUUUGGUCAUGGCAAGAACGAACGCAUCUGGAACUCUUUUAGCAAACACGGCCUGCAAGACCCCAGAUCUUUCGUGCAAUACUACUCCAAUCCUUGGCUAGCUCGGGUUUGUGAAGCUUGGCUUGGACAGCAAUAUCGUGUCACUGCUCAAACGAAUAUCGUCAAGCCUGGUGGAGCAGCCCAAGUCAGUCAUCGUGACUACCAUCUGGGCUUUCAGACUGCUGAAGGCUGCUCCAGAUUCCCUAAAGGCAUGCAGUACGCGAGCCAGUUCUUAACGCUGCAAGGAGCGGUAGCGCAGAGUGAUAUGCCACUGGAGAGUGGACCUACGCGCUUCCUGACAUUCAGUCAAAAGCUCGAUUCGGGUUACGUGGCUUAUCGUCAGCCUGAAUUCGAUCAAUACUUCAAUGAGCACUGGGUCUCGCUACCGCUGAAGAAAGGCGAUGGUGUGUUCUUCAACCCAGCUCUACACCAUGCCGCUGGCAACAACACUUCAGACGUCGACAGGAGCGCGAAUCUUCUUCAAAUAAGCAGCGCAUUUGGAAAGCCAAUGGAACAGAUCGAUGCGAUUUCCCUUGUCAAGACAUGCUGGCCAGAGAUUCAAAAGCUCUACAAAACUGAAGGACUGUCUGAUCGUGUACAAACUGUAAUUGCGGCCAUCGGCGAGGGCUAUCCAUUUCCGACAAAUCUCGACAACAGACCGCCUGCUCCUAGUGGUAUGGCUCCAAGCAACGAGCAGGAUGAAUUGCGGAAGGCGAUUGAAGCUGGCUGGGAUACUGAUCAGGUCGUCGCAGCAUUGACGCAGAUGAGAAUAGAUGGUCAGCCAUGA